CCUCCACGUUGAGGAGCGCAAAUUUUUGCCACGGCAGGCCUUGAUAACUGGCAGAAAGCUUGCUAUGUGUCCACAUCGUCACACAGCAUGGUCAUCGCCUUCAGGAACUGGUUCAGAAAGUUCUGCAAGAAUCAGGUUGGCUGGGCAACCCCGCAAGUUGAUCAGCUGCCACCAACCCCUACCAAGGAUCAGCUCUUGGAGAGGUACUGGUCGCACGUCGCGCGGUGCACGAGCUGCAGCGCUGCGCUGAAAGCCAUGAGGGGCCUAGAGGUCGCCCUGCAGGUCGCGUCGCUCGGCAUCGUCGGGUUCCUCGCCGUCGCAAAGGGGACGCUGGUCACGGCGACUCUCCAGAAAGACGCGGCCGUGCUUUGCUUCGCCGCGUCCCGCUGACUCGCAAAUUUCAUCGAGAAGAACUUCUACUUCCAAGAUUACGUCCAUGCCUACAAGUGAUGCCUGCGGUUUUCAUUGCCAGGGCUCAGGAGUCUGUAGUUUUUUUGUAACUUAAUACAACUUAGAAAAGUGUAGGAAGCGCACCAAAUUAUUUGAUACUGGUAGCAGCUGUAUAUAUCAACUAGUUAUCUUCAACGCUGGCUAAACGAUAAGGGGCAACAAAAGUUAAGAGUUACAAAUAAAGUAUGUUCUUGCA